AUGGAAUUCUCUGCUCUCCCUAAAACCUCUUGUGGCUCGUUUCAUCAGGAACUCGCUAUUCCGUUAGUCGCCUCUGUUGCCUCUGCUUGCAAUGCUCAGGGUCGGCGUUUUAGAGGAGCGCGAUCACCUGUUUUAGAGUCGUUUCAAAUCUUCCUCACAACUGUUCCACUCCCGGCUGCUUCCUCUUCAGAGGACUCCUUCCUAUGGCGCGCAAACGAUCUUGACCUCAGCUACUUCUCAGCAAAAAACACUUGGAGUGAGCUCCGUCCACGUGCUCCAAAGCAUCAAUAUGUUUCCUCUGUGUGGUUCAAAGGAGCGAUCCCUCGCUACGCGUUCACCAUGUGGGUUUCCCAACUCGACAGACUCUCGACUAGAGCCCGACUUGUCAAAUGGGGUCUUGGUAUCUCCUCUCUGUGCUGUUUGUGUGAUUGUUUCGAGGAGAACUGCGAUCAUUUGUUUCUCCGUUGUGAAGUAAGUGAGCAGUUAUGGGAUUUGGUUCUGAUAAGGUUGGGUUAUAGCCUGUUUGCUUUUCAUACAUGGGACGCUUUCAUGUGCUGGCUGAGUCUAAGGGACACCACCUCCUCCAUACUCCUCUGUCGUAUAGUUGCCCUCGCCACUAUUUACUCUCUCUGGAUUGAACGGAACAACAUGUUUUUCAACAGUGUCUCCACCACCCCUCAAGCAAUCUUCAAGCGUAUUGACCGGCAUGUUUGA